AUGCCACGGACGCACUCAGGGAACGAGCGAGUCAAGUACAUCUCGCCAGACGAGGUGGCGGAACUCAUACUCGCCGAGCCGAAGAGAGACGACUUCCUCAUCAUCGACGUCCGCUCGACCGACUUUCCUGGCGGGAACUUGCCCGGCGCAGUGAACAUCACGACUCGCGAGUUCCGCGACGAGCAGUCCCUCACCCGCCUAAUCCGCACACACAUCCUCCCGCGCCCCUCCCUCCACCUCCUAAUCCUCCACUGCAUGCGCUCGCAAACCCGUGGUCCCUACGCCGCCCAACUCCUCUCCCGCUCCCCUUCCCUCCCUGCUCAUAUCGACGUCCGAGUAAUGGAAGGUGGGUUUGCGGGGUGGUGGGCUCGGUUCAAGGGUGAUGAGAGGCGGGAGAGGUUGUUUGAGGGGUUGGUGCAGCGCGAAGAGGGGAAGGGGGGGUGGGAGGAGGUGGUGCAGGCGAAGGAGGGAGAGAGCGGGGAGGCGGAGGAUUCGAGGAAGUUGAGGGGCGAGUUGGGGCGGUGA